UUAAAGUCCAGGACUGAAUAGUCUCAUCUUGAUGCCCUCUGGUCUCAUUCCCUUCUUCCCUCCAUCUCUUCUCCUUUCUCCAUCCCUCGCUCUCUCGGAACCCCUUUACAUAUUGACCUGCGGGGAGAUCGGAGGGAGAUCAUGCUGUCUGUACUGGCACUGACGUCCGUGGUGCUCUUGGGCAUAGCCUCUCAGACCACGGCUAUAGUUGUGUACACAAGCUGGGAGAAACAUGCUUUGGUGGGAACAGAUGUCAGACUCUCCUGCUCUUUCUUCUCCUGGCAGUGGACCUCUCCAGACGUGACCUUUUCAUGGCAUUACCGUGCAGAUGGGGCUAAAGAGGGCAUCGCAAUUUUCCACUACGCAGGCGGAGCUCCCUACCAGGGUAGCAAAGGCCCGUUCCGGGACCGCCUGGAGUUUGUGGGGAACCCCAAUCGCCGUGACGGUUCCAUCCUGAUCAAGAAUGUCAACUUCGAGGACAAUGGAACCUUCACCUGUGACGCCAAGAACCCACCUGACAUUGCCGGCCACCCCUCCACCGUUCGGCUGCUGGUGUUUGAGAAGGUUCCAGUCCAGGCUGGUGUGAUAACAGGGGCCAUCAUUGGUGUUGUGUUGGGGCUGCUGAUCCUCAUUGUGGCAAUUUACUAUCUGAUGCGUUUCCUGGUCGCCAGAAGAGUGUUCAGCUUGAGCAUGAGCAAACAUGGCAAGAAAGGCAAAGGAAAAGAAGGAUCACAGCAAAAACAGCAUUUCUGACACUCUUUGUCUUCUUUUUUUUUUUUUUACAUUUCCAUCUAUAAAUUUACCUUUCUCUUCAUCUGAUAUACUGGUGCUAUUACAUCACUUCCUGUAGGCCGGCCCCCUAAAGUAGCCCCCCUCCCCGCCCUUCAUUUACUGAGAGCUAAAUAUAGCACUAGUAUUCUUUUUUUUUUCCAUAGAAUUACACACAUGCACUUUCUCACAAUUAAAAUGUGUCCAUACUUUCUCAAACACACGCUAACACUCAUAGCGUCAUCUCAUGCAUCCCAUCAUACAGUUUUAAGUGCCUUCCCAAAACGUUUUUUUUUUACGUAGUUUACAGCCAUUCCAUUUACAAGUUUGACUAAGAGUUGUACUUUGUUUUUACUCCGACCACAGUGACUGAAAACCCAAAAUGACGUCGAUACUGUUGGCAGAGACACUCAAACACACACACUGUGAGAGAGAGUUACUUGAUACUCUAAGCCAGAUUCUCACGCCUGUCUCCAUAAGCUGUUGUCUGACAAUUUUAACACUCACUUUUAACUGGAAAACGGUCUCUGAAUCCCUUCUGUCCCUUUUUAAACGACUGUCCAAUGAGGGCCGGCUCUUAUGGUGGAACCCCCCUCAAAACAUAUCAUUAGUCAGGGCCAUCACUCAUCCUCAGUCCUAGAUUUACUUCACCUCUCUCUAAUCCUCCUAUAACUAUCCCAAACACUCAUCCACCACCUCCACUUCUCAUUCCCUGUUUCUGCUGGUAAGAAAACCCCAGCACUCUCUCCUGCCCCCUGCUGCCCACAUGAGAACAUUUUUCAUUUGGCCACAUUGUCAAAGACUUUGCAAAAAAAAAAAAAAAAAAGUUAAUUUAUCUAGCUCUCUGCUGACCAUGAUAGAUGUGUGUAUGUUUGUAGUCUGAUGACAUGUCUGUAAC